CCUCCCUGAAGAUUCAAUCCACACAGAGAGAGCGAGAGCGAGAGCGAGAGAGAGAGGAAGAGGGAUUCGGAGAGCGAGAGGGAGAGAGAUUCGAUUCGAUUCGGUUCGAUUCGAUUCAAUUCAGCUUCGAGCACAGCAAUGGCUAAAUUGCAGGCCAUUUCGCCGUGUUCAUCAUCUUCCUCCAAUCUCUGCUUCUCCGGAUCCAACCGAGGGACAUUCUUGCAUCCUGAAAAUGUCUGCUGGCCGAAGAAAUGGUCUUCAUUUCAAGAUAUGGGGGCGAAAGCGAGUGAGCUCCAUGGACACGCGGUUGUUCAUAGCAAUAGGAAUAUUGCCAAGGCUAGUAACAACCAAGCUAUUCAAGCCGUCUUAAUUAGUGAAAAAGAGAUCGAAAGAUCCGACACUGCCCCGUCUACAAAUGGCAGGUUUCUACGCAGAAAACUAAAUAAAGUGGUUCUAGCAUACAGCGGAGGCUUAGAUACCUCCGUCAUUGUCCCAUGGCUCAGGGAGAACUAUGGCUGUGAUGUUGUUUGCUUCACUGCAGAUGUUGGACAGGGUGUAAUUGAAUUGGAUGGUUUGGAACAAAAGGCCAUGGCAAGUGGGGCUUGUCAAUUAGUUGUUAAGGAUUUGAAGGAGGAAUUCGUCAGUGACUACAUAUUUCCAUGUUUGCGUGCUGGUGCUAUCUAUGAAAGAAAGUACCUGCUGGGGACUUCAAUGGCCCGUCCUGUUAUUGCAAAGGCCAUGGUUGAUGUUGCUAGAGAAGUUGGAGCUGAUGCUGUUUCUCAUGGAUGCACAGGGAAGGGAAAUGAUCAGGUUCGCUUUGAGCUCACUUUCUUUGCCUUAAAUCCCGACCUCAAAGUUGUCUCUCCCUGGAGAGAAUGGGAAAUCAGAGGGAGAGAAGAUGCUAUUGAAUAUGCUAAGAGACAUAAUGUGCCCGUCCCUGUGACAAAGAAAUCCAUCUACAGCAGAGACAGAAACUUGUGGCAUCUCAGUCAUGAGGGAGACGUCCUGGAAGAUCCUAGGAAUGAACCGAAGAAGGAUAUGUACAUGUUGACGGUAGAUCCACAGGAUGCACCUAAUAAACCUGAAUAUAUAGAAAUCGGGAUAGCUGGAGGCCUUCCUGUUUCAGUGAAUGGAAAGCAUCUUUCUCCUGCAUCUCUUCUCUCUGAGGUAAAUAAAAUUGGUGGGAAGCAUGGAAUUGGCCGUGUGGACAUGAUCGAAAACCGCAUUGUUGGUAUGAAGAGCCGUGGUGUGUAUGAAACUCCCGGUGGGACCAUCCUCUUUGCAGCCGUACGAGAACUCGAGUCUCUAACACUCGAUCGUGAGACAAUACAAGUUAAAGACUCCCUUGCCCUCAAAUACGCCGAGCUGGUGUAUGCAGGCAGGUGGUUUGACCCUCUUCGUGAGUCGAUGGAUGCCUUCAUGGAGAAGAUCACGGCAACCACCACUGGAUCAGUGACACUCAAACUGUACAAAGGCUCUGUCAGUGUAGCUGCCCGUAGAAGCCGGUAUAGUCUAUACAGGCAAGACAUCUCCACAUUUGAGAGCGGGCAGAUCUACAACCAGGCCGAUGCUGCUGGAUUCAUCCGGCUCUACGGCCUUCCCACCAGGGUUCGGGCAAUGCUCGAGAACUAAAAUAAGAUGCACGACAUUCUGGUCGACGAAGCAGAGCAUUAUUCGUCCCCCCACCACCUCGGCCCGGUAGCUUAUCCUCUCUGUCUGUCUCAACCCGCAAAUGGAGUGUGCUUGCUGGAAACGGCAUUUGCUUUAUGGUCUGCUCUCUCUCAAUGGCUCUUGCAUUGGAAGAUGAUCCUUAAGCCUCAAGUUAAUGAAAUGGCGCGUAAUGUAUGUAAAUUGUUGGUUUGUUUAUUUUUAUUCGUUCUUUCUGUCAGUUUCCAUUUGUAGGCAGUUAGGCAAUUUGCCAUCUGACUUGUAGUUCAAUGUUCUGUUUUUAUGAAGAGUAAUGCAAGGGCCGGUUGUAUGUGUGCA